UGAGAAAUCCUUAGAAUAUACGCAGAUUGAUUAUGAACACGGUUAACAUAUGUUAGUUUUUCAAGGGCGAUUAAGGCAAGCUAAUAAAAUACUCCAGUUUAAAAUAAAAUUAAUUACUUUUCACCAUAUAGAAGUUUCUUAACUGUAAAAUAUAUAGUUACGUGAUACUUAAUAACAAAAAUGAAAUAUGAGGAAGAUUUUGUUCAUCCAGUUUAAAAACAAAAAUUUUUGACGGACUUUAGAAUGUAUUGGAGAUGUUAUCAAUCACCAUAGAAAACAUGUUCUUAAUUUCAUCUUAAUGCGUGCGUCUGCUUUCACUUUCAUUGGUUUCAAAUGUUUAAAAUGUUUUGCAGAUUUUUAUGAGUUACAAUUUGAACAAAUAUUUAGGAGUGCGACUGUUGACUACACAAAAAUAUGUGAUCGCUUCUUACCUUGAACCAAGGAAUUUUGAUUGUCGGCUACCGUAAAUAAAAAUAAAUUAUCAACACGAAAGAGCUAUCAUCAAAAACCAUAUAAUACAAAGUGUGUAUAAGUAUUCCUUCUAACAAUUUCUCGAUGGUUAAGUCCUUAUUAUCUUGAUUGAGAAUGGGGUAUAUUUACGUGUUCUUAGAGGAGCAUCUCAAGGAGGAUUGUUGACGAGAAUUCUUCAGAAAAAUACAAGAGAGAUUCUUGCAUUAGAUUUUGAAAGAGAGAAAAAAAGCUUUUUCUUUAAGAUAAAACAAUUCUCCCACAAGAAAAGUAUAUCUUGCAGAAUACUUGAAGAAAUUUUCCCAAAGUAUAGACAUAUUUUAUAAUAUGCAUUUGCUAUGCAUAACAUUAAUAAAGACGAUGGAAAUGUUUUCCUGUAAAUUUAAAGUUGUAUAGUUAAAUGUAUGACUUCAAUACUGCUUCUUGUCAUCGUAUAUUAUUCAAGUAAAAGCUAUAGGAGUAGAGAAUAACACGCACAAAAGCUAAAAUUAGUUCAACAAUUAAAAAUAGAUGAGAUUGUGGAGAGUUUGAGCCAACUACACAGAUAUUAAACUGGUACAUUAAAGAAUGAAUUCACUUAUAUGAGCUUUCACUGCGAAGAAGUUUUUUUUCUUUUCUUUGUGUCGCCUGAGAUGGACAGAAAUAUUAGAAAAUCUUCCGACGGUCGAUAAAUAAAAAUGUUAUUCAUAAAUAAAUAAAAACAGGUGGUAAAUUGCCUCCUCCAAUAUUUAUCAGCAGUAUUUCAGAAUCACUCCUGAAUUUAUUAACAAAUACCAUUAGUGGUGGAUGAUCAUCUGACAAAUGCUGCUCAGAUGUAUAAACGAAAUUUUCCGCACCGGAUUGUGGAAAAUCAUUCGCUAUUUUCGCCUUUUUAGCACAGAUUUAUAUUUUGUGAAUUUUCACAGUUAUAGCCAGCAACCCAAUAAGGUAUACUGCUAUUUAUAUGUAUAUAAGCAAUGUCUAGAUCUAAAUCUGAAACUUUGCAAAAAUGAUUCAUGGUUUUUGCGAUCCAUGAAAAUGUUAUGUCUUGUAAAUUUAAAUACAUACUUCCGGCAGGUCACUCGACCUUGCCUUGUCAUCUAUCAAGUUUCAGACAGAAUAAUUUAGUAUUAAAAGUAUUAAAUAAUUUUGAUGUUUGUGCAUGAAUAAUUUUAGAAAAUUAUAGAGUACAAAGUUAUAAAAUAAAGUUUUCAAUCCUUGAAUUAUCGCCAAGGAAUAAAAUUCAAACUAGAAAAGGGUUUAUUCUGCACUGAGAGAAAUCCGAAAGAGUUAAAAUAACAUUCCGGAAAUGUUAAUUUUAGUUUGCGGUUUUGAUCCAAAAUCGGUGUAAAUAUUACCAUUUUUUGGUGUAUUGGGGCUUAAAGUAACCCUUUUCUAUGUUAAUUUUACCCUUAAAAAUGUGUAGAAUUAACCUUAAAAAUGUUGAUAUAUUUUUACACCUAAAAAGUGUUAAAGUUAUGAGGAAAAAAAGUUAAUCGCACCCUGUUUUUUCUCAGUGUGCCUUCCACGCCGCGAUACUUUUUCAUUUUAAAUUAUUAUAAAUCUAUUGUGCAAAAAGUUUUAAGUACUUGCAGAACUUAUACACAGUCAAUAGAAAAUCUUAAAUUUUAAAUAACUGUAGGAGCGUAAAUCAAUUUUGAUUAAAGAAUAAAUAUUAUAUGUCAAAAUUAGUUUAUAAUAUCUAACUAAAUUUGUAAAUCCUUGAAAGAAUAGGUACUACGGAACGAAUACUGCUAAUUAAAAAAGAAAUCAAUUAAUCGAUACCCUUGUAAAAACACUAUUUAAUGCACUACGCCAAAAGCCUUUCUUUGUUUAUUUUUGACUAAAUCUUGAGUCUCUUGCUUCUUUUCAUUUUUAAUCUUAAGUUAUUAUCUAUUUAUUUAAGUUUCUUAAGUUUCCAUCCCUAUUUUUUCGAAUAAUUUUCUCUUCCUAGCUGAAUUCAGUGGCAACAAUACGCCCUUUUAUGAACCUCAUUGUCACUUAAUCGCACAUUCUGCACUUUUUGUCUCUUCACUUUUCUUACCAGAAGGAUUCUAUAAAAAAAAACAUGAUGAAGUCAAGUGACGAUGUUAUGAAACGUAAUUAAAUGGUGGAUCAGUAGGGGAAUUCUGUAACUGUAUGACAAUAUCAAAUGAGUAAAUUUGAAUUUUUCGUGUGGAAAUUUCGUAUAACCUAAAUAAAAACCCAACUCAAAUUACUUGUUGGAAACUUCACAGAGCAGCUAACAAUGGCCAUGCUCUUUGCGUUUUAAUGUUGUCCUAUUCCAGAAUUUACCAUGAAAAUUUGUCAUAUGAUAUUGUCAUACUGUUACAGAAUUCCCCUACAGGAUAGCAUUAAAAGUCGGUUACGAUUGUAAAGAGCUAUACAGAGCUCUCAGUGAUUAAUAUUAAUUUGCAUUUUCGAAUAGUUUUCCUGAAUUUACUAUAUAAAAAAAUUUAAUUUGUCGUAUGACAUUGUCAUACUGUUACAGAAUUCUCCCAUAUAGGCCAAUUAAGUCUGCUCAAACUUUUUAUUAAAAUUAUAUAAACAUUAUAUCAUAUUAGGGGCUGUGAUAUUUAGAUUAGCUCGAUUAUAAGAGUUGACUCAUGCGGUCUACUGAACCAGGGUUUCUGCGGUUUACCCCGGGGAGACCGAAAAUGAUGAGUCGGCGGUAGGCGCAACCUAGACACAAUUAUGGGAAAUAAAUAAAUUGAAUAAAAUCUUAAGGUGCUUCUCAUGUUAAACGAUCAACUUCUGGUCUUAUUUCUAACUUGCUUUAAUUUGGGAAAAACUUUCAUAAAUUAGAUUGAUAAAUAUAUCAGUGGAUAGGAAAGAAGGUCUAAAUAAAUGCUCUGAAUAAAUAGUAGUUUGUUCAAUAUUAAUUCUAAAAAAAAACUAUAAUACCUCACUACUGUGUAAGUCUACUGCUGAUUAAUUCUAGUCCGGCCCCUCCUACAUCCUUAUAAAAUAAUAUAAGUGUCAUUUUUUAUGAUACUCACCAAAAAAUAGAAGAAUAAUAUGCUUUUGUUUUAGUGGAAGAACAAUUUUCUUUGUGAUUUACAGUAAAGAGACAGUAAAAAAAGUUUAAGAGAUACUCCACCAGCAAAAAAUCUCAAAUCACUCAUGACAGAAAAUAAUUUAGACUCACUAGGAGUAGUCUUCGUAGUGGAACAAUAUUGACUCUAUUUAAUUGCUAGAAGAUUCAUCCAGGCUUGGAGAACUGGUUAUAACACUUCCCAUGCACUAAAAAACUAUAAGAAAAGAACGCUUAAAUUAAAGAAAAUCUGUUUUACUACGUUUUUGAGACGCGUUUCACUAGCUGAUUAGUAAAGACUGCAGUAGAUUGCUGUAGUGAUUGUGCAUUUGCUUCAAAUGAUCAAUAAAUAUGUUCAAAUAUUCACUCUAUGAAAAUAGUGAUAUAUUGAUUGAAAACGGUAAAUUAAGUAAAUUAGUAAAUUAGUAAUUGGUAAAUUGGAAUCAUCUGUGUUACGUUAAUUUUUACAAUAUAUUUUUGGAGUAAGAUGCGUGAAAAUUAACUUAGUUUUCCAAGAAAAUAAACAUGAUUUCGCUGAAUUUUUCACUUGCAAACAAAUAUAAAUGUUAAAGCUUUAACGGGGUUAACAAUUGUCAAACACGACGUACGUCCUAUUUAAUUAAAUCCUUACAUAAUAGUGAAAAGAUUCAGAAGUGUGUGAGAGUGUGAGGAAUAAAUCCCAAACCCAAGUCGAUUUUUUUUGUUUAAUUUAUUGCCGGAUUAACGAAGUAUCCAAUUUUAUUUCCAAUAAAUUUAUCUACUUUGAAUGUUUACAUUUUCUUUACUAUUUAUUGCCUUUUACUAAAGCAUAACCGAAAAUAAAACUGCUAUUGUAUACUAGUUUUCUGUCUAAUUCAAUAAAUUAGCCGGGUUCUUAUUUUUAUUUAUAUUUUUAAGUUUUCCAACUUUUACCACUUUCACCUUAAAAGAGUUACUAUACUGAAUCCAUGCAGUAUCAGUUAGAAUCACGGCAUUUCGGCAGGAUGCAAGGUUUAAUGUUUAAUUAGAAUUUUCCUUUGGAUAAAGCCGUAAAUUUCCAGAACUUGCCAAAGCAAUGAUCUUAGGUGAGAAAGAAAAUUGUACACAUUAUAACGAAAACAGCAGUAAUUAUUUUCGGAAGUAAAAAUGUUUUGGGGGCAGAAAGAGAAAGAAAUGGGCGAAAAACGAGGCAAAAUGCUUUUCUUUCGUUUUUUUUUUCUAGUCAGUUGUUGACUUGUAAAAAUAUUAAUGGGUGAAUUUCACACUGGCACUUUUCGUGAUUAGUAAAAGGAGGGAAAAUUUAUGUCGUGGUGGCUAAUCGAAUACAUCUACAUUCUCGACCGUUUUUCACACUUGGUGUGAUCCAUUCACUUUAACUUCCAAUAAGAAGAGAGCCAACCAACCUCUCCUGUGUGUUUAUUUUUCUUUUUGGCUUUUCAGCCGUUUCACGAAAAUUUUAAAGCGCGUUUUAUUAAUAUGCGAAACUCACCAAGAAUACUCACAUGGAUACACUCAAGCCAUCGCGGUACACGGUUAAUAAAUGACUUCAGUGUGACUUCGAGUGUGGAAGGUGCAAGGACUCAAGAUUGGACAAUUCGUUUUUAAUCUUUCUACUGUUAAUCCAAAGUUCAGUAUUUGAAAAAAAAAAUAAUAGCGUAUCAUAGGAAUACCGGUGAAAUUCCAGCCUGGAAAAAAAUAUUAAAUCCGAGUGAUCAAUUAAAUAAAAAAAAAUUGUCACAGUUCUAUAGAAAAGAAAAUCUCCCAGGAUUACAGCGAUAUCCUCUCCCAGAUGGAUAAUAUGCAAAUGUAUAUUGUGUGAGAAAUAACUUUUUUGUGCCAGGAGCGUGUAAUUAAAGUUCUAAAAGUGACCCUCUUCGGAUGUGGGUGGAGACAUAGCCACAAGACAAAAAAGAAUCACUCUCUCAAGUUUAGUGUCUCUUUUUGAUCGGUUUUUCCGCCAGGGAUUAACCAACAAAUUUAACAUUGUGCUAAAAUUUUUGCCUCAACUGUGAAUUACCUAAUUUAUAUGCAAGCACUUCAUUGGCCUGGAUAUAGGGAAAAUUUUGCAUUUGGAAUUUUCCGAGGUCACACAGCCAUACAAUUCAAAAUUGAAUGAGUUUGUCCAGAAUAGAUGGGUCAAUGCAUAAAUAGGCAUAUUUAAGUGGUGAAUGAGAGGAUACCACCAGUGAGGGGAUUAAAUGGAAGUUGCAUAAUAUGGGUGUGGCGAUUGAGUGAAAUAGAAAGAAAUUUUUCUCAGUUAAAGUGAAGAAAUUAAUGUCACCUUCUCGACACAUUACCGUGGUUGCACCAAGAUUAACAAUCAUUUAUCAUCAAGAUGGAAUAUAUGACACAAUGGAGACGAGAAACAACCACGAGAAAAACAAUCCAAAAGACUUCCUCAACAACGAAAACAACAACUAUGACAACACCUGCAAAGCUGUAUGGCAAAGACUUGAGUGAAUACGAUGAGGUAGAUGUGGAUGAACUUUUGGCGCAAUUGUCGCCAGAAGAGAUAAAAAUACUGGCAAAGGAAGUCGAUCCGGAUGAUAAUUUUCUGCCACCGAACCAGAGGUGCAAUUAUGAGUGCGAAAAAGAGCCCACGGGGCCACUUAAUCGCAAAAAGCUCAUUGAACAUAUCAACAAACAGGCCCUGGAAACACCGGAUGUACCGGAAUUGGAGCCCUAUGUCAAGGGGACAAUUCGUGGCAAAAAGUGGAUUCCACCCCCGCCAGAGGAGAAAAUGAAAGAAGCUGAAGAACAAAUAACUAUUGAUUUGGGCGAUGAGUACGAACAUGCUCUCAAUGAUGCUACUCAGGAGGAAAUAAUUGAUUUGGCUGCUAUUUUGGGUUUCCAUUCGAUGAUGAAUCAAGAUCAGUACCAUGCUUCGCUCUUGAACAAGGGUCAACCAAUUGGUCUGGGCUGGGAUGGUAUUACAAAGGCCAGUGCACAGAAAUUGUUUCCGCAGGAGCCACCAAAUACCACAGACAUUGAUGAAUCCAUCAAGCGUGUCAAGGAUGAUGAUCAAAAGCUAAUUGAACUCAAUCUCAACAACAUUAAGACUAUAUCUGAUGAUAAAUUUGAACAAUUGUUCAGUGCUCUGACACAGAAUGAGCACUUGGAAGUUCUCUCACUAACAAAUGUCGGAUUAACAGACAAGACUGCUCUUCUACUGGCUGAGGCCAUUGAAAAGAAUAAAACACUUCGUGUUCUCAAUGUCGAAACAAACUUCAUAAACCCUCUCGUUAUUGUUAAAUUAGUUAAAUCACUGCUAAAUGCAAAGAGUAUUGAGGAGUUUAGAGCUUCCAAUCAGAGAUCACAAGUGCUUGGGAAUAAAAUUGAAAUGGAAAUAACUGAGUUGGUGGAAAAGAAUUCAUCACUAUUGCGACUAGGCCUCCAUUUGGAAUACAAUGAUGCCCGGCACAGAAUUGCGGCGCACCUUCAGCGAAACAUUGAUAGGAGUCGUAUUGCAAAAAUGCAAUCACACCUGCCAAGAUUGAGUUUGACUGGUGGGAAUGGGGGUGCUCCCAAUGUCAUUCAGGCGCAGGAUGUUGAAUUCGAUCCGGAUAAUGUUGUUAUCAGAGGGACACAGGACGAUGGCGAUGACGACGAUAGUGAUAAACGAGGUGAUAUUGAUAAAUUCGUUAAGGCACAACAACUUGAGUACUCCAACAUUAUUCACUCUACGCCAAUCCCGUCUGAACCAGCGUAAAUAAAGUGACAUCUAAAAUUCUAAGACAUGAAACAUAGCUUGAUCUCAUACAUCUAUGCGCUAUCACGUAAUAUCGCUUUUGCUUGCUAUCCAACAAUUUAAUUCACAAAGAAUUGGAAAA